AUGGCACGAGGGGCGCCUGUUAAGGCGCGCGACUAUGACUACUCCAAUGUAGGAACCACAGGAAGGCGCACUGGAAUCUCAUUAAAAGAAGGCCGCCGCGACGAACAUGGAAUGGAAGAAGUUGACGGCCUUUUCUCCUCCCCUGAAAAGUCACCUGCCGAAUUUCGCGGCCUUGAGAACGGGGAGAAUGAUUCUUCAACCGGUUCUGACGGCAUGUCCAUGGACGAAGGCAAUGCGCCUGGUCCCAUGGACUUCCUCAAAGGCACCACCAGCUCACGUUCUUCUUUCCUCCCGCCUCCUGCUGCCCGAUCGCCGAUGAAGACCGGGCUUACUGGAUCUCCCCGAAGGACCCCCGCGCUACGAUCCACUCCGGACUCUGAGCCUCAUGAAUCGUCAAGCCCGUCAGAUAGAAAUGGGCUGAGCGCACAUGGCGAGUCACAUAUGGACCAUUCUCCUCUUUCUGCUCGCUCUGUGAACGCGGGGCGUCCGAACCAGCAGAAUGGCGCACGAAAAAAGCCAACAAAAGCACAGUUAUUAGGAGAGCCCGAGCCGACUUUUCUACCCGACUUUUCCGAUGGCGAGGGCGACGAGAAUUCAUUUGCGCAGGUGCAAAGGGAUUUCGGUGAUAGCCUGGUUGACGAAGAUGAUAUACCGCCACCGGCAGAACUGUCCCACUCCCCGUCCCCUGAUCAGAAUGAACCAGAGGACAGCCCUCCUCCGGCCAAAGCCGCACCGCGCGCUGAGCCUGCCGUGAGCGCAAAGUCAGCUAAAAGUGGCAAGCCAACCAAAUCCGUCAAAGGCGCCGACGCAGAUCAAGUUGGAUCGAAGCCUGCAGGGCGGCGAGGACGCCCUCCCAAGUCCGCACAGCGCGAUGCCGAGGAAGACCCGAACCCUCGCCCAAGCAAAAAGCAAAAGAGCACCGCCAAAGAACCGCCACCUGAGCGCGAACCUCUGGAGCCCGAAUUGGACCGAGUGGUUACUGAAUACGCCAACCGCACGGGUCCACUGAAAGGUCGAAGCCUGUACAUCCUUAAGAGGGAGAAUCCCACGGACAGCAAUGCGACUCACACUCGAUCCGGUCGUACUUCUGUCCGACCCCUGGCGUACUGGCGCAACGAAAGAUGCGUAUUUGGGGAUGGAGAGGCUGCCGAGGGGCAUCGAUACCCUCUCUCCACUCUCAAGGAGGUCAUUCGUACCGAGGAGCAGGAACCGGAUAAGAAAAAGAAAGGCAAACGUCCCGCGUCUCAGAAAUCCAAGUCAAAGAAGCGAAAGGGCGAAUCGUCCGAUGAAGAAGACGACGAGGUUGAUGUGUGGGAGAAGGAGGGUGGUGUGCUUCAUGGGUACACCCUCAAGUGGGAUAGUAAGACGCAGACCAGCUCUAAGGAGGAGGAAGUUUUAGACAUUGCAUAUGCCCCUUCCGGCAUCGAAACGCGGGAAGUCAAAGGUUCAACAUUCAGGUUCGCCAAGCUUCUGAGCUCUUCGUUCAUCGGGUCUGGGGUCGUCGAGCUGCCCCCGGAUGGAGUGAAGAAGCCGAAGAACUCGAAGAAAAUGCACAUGGUUUUCUAUGUUUGUCACGGGCGCGUUCAAGUUGACAUCUCGGGUGUUCAAUUCAGUGCUGGCAAGGGCUGUGUUUUCCAAAUCCCCCGUGGUAAUUACUAUAGCUUUGCUAAUUCCCAUGGCAAAGAAGCCCGACUCUUCUUUACCCAGGGGUGUGUCCCCGAUGAGACUGAAAGUGGAGAGGAGAACGACACUCAAGGCGAACUCGACAAUGACAAUGACACCUCCGCAGUAUCUCGGGAGGGGAGCGAUGACAGCGAGGCUGAGCCCGAAGCUGAGCCUGAAGCUUCUCCUGUCCCUGGCCCCGUUCCUGUGAAGAAAUCCAAGGGUCGGCCUAAGGGCAAGCAGAAGAAGGCUGGGAAAUAA